GGGGGAGAGGCCUACAGGGUGGCGGCUGGAAGGUAUUGGAGGCACCAGUGGUGCUAGUCUGUGAGCGCCAUGUACAAUGGGAUAGGACUCCCCACUCCCCGCGGCAGUGGCACCAACGGUUACGUGCAGCGCAACCUGUCAGCCGUGCGCCACAAGAAGGAUCGCACAGACUACAAGUCGGAAGAGGAAUUAAGGAAGCUGGAGUCGUCCUUGGUCAAAAAACCUAACCAGGAUAUCCUGGAUCACGAGCGCAAGCGGAAGGUCGAGCUGAAAUGCUUAGAGCUGGCUGAGCUCAUGGAAGAGCAAGGGUAUGGAGAAGGGGAAAUCCAAGAGAAAGUAGCCACUUUUCGGAUGAUGCUUCUGGAGAAAGAUGUAGCAGUGGUCAAGGAGGGGGAACAGCAGCAGAAGCCAACUGUCACAGAAACUCAUCAGCUGGCUGAGGCCAAUGAGAAGAAGAAUGAGAGGCUCCGAGCUGCAUUUGGAAUUAGUGACAACUAUGUGGAUGGAAGCUCCUUUGACCCAAAUCGUCGGGCCAAGGAAGCUGCAACUGCUGCAGCAGCUAAACAGCAGCAGGAGCAGCAAAAGCAGUACAGUCUUGUCCGAGAGUCCAGCAGCUCCCGCUCACCUUCUCCAAAACAGAAAAAGAAGAAAAAGAAGAAAGACAGAGGCAGGUCUGAGAGCAGAUCACCUUCUCGAAGAGAGAGGAAAAAAAGCUCAAAGAAAAAGAAACACAGGUCAGAGUCAAAGAAAAGGAAGCACAGAUCUCCAAGUCCCAAGAGCAAACACAAAUCCAAGGAGAAAAAACGAAAGAGGUCCACCAGUGAGUCUGCAUCUCAGAAAGACCGCCGGGAUCGCUCUUCCUCCCCAGAUGACUCUUCUUCGUCAGAUGGCUCCCGCAGCAGCAGGUCGGGCAGCGUCAGUACCCAGAAACGGGCUACAGUGAGACGGCAGAGUAAGUCCCCUUUGACAGCUUCACAGAAGCGAGGAGAAACUGAAGAGGUUUCCAAGAACCUACCAGAAAGAGAACGUUCCUCUUCUACUGAACCUGCCCGGCAUGGCCGUAGCACAAGUCCAAGACACAGCAGAGAAAAGCAGGAGAAAACCAUGUCCAAACAUUCUCCGAUACACGAGAGUCGCCAGCGUUCUGCCACCCCUCUGUCUCCUACCAGAGAAAAGGAAAGAGACAAGGAGAAGAAGGCUACUCGGCAUGGGGGUCGGAAAUCUACCCCAUCAUUUGAGCAGGAGUCAAAGUUCAAAAGUCGUUCCCCAAUGCCAAAUGAUCCUUCUCGGGAAAGAGUCUUGGGACACAAGCAUCCUUCCUCCAAGGAGAGCAGGUCUCCGGCUCCUGCCUCCCCACCUCCUAAGAAGAUCUCAGAGGAUCGUAACGGGACUCUCCCAUCAUCCAAGUCCAAGACAUCCCCUGAACAGAGGCAGCAGCUGGCAGCUUCUUCGUCUUCCCCUGCUCCUAAAGCUAUUGAGACCAAGUUGAGAAAGACUUCUCGUGAUGGCUCUCCGCCCCAGCACUCCCGUUCCCCUUCAGAAAGUGGUAGCUGCUCCUCUUCCUCCUCCUCCUCCUCCUCCUCUUCCUCCUCUCCUUCCUUAGCAAAGAAGCCAGCUCCAGCUUCCCGUAGUUCUUCCCCUGAGGAGCCUCCGAAAAAACAAGACAAAGAGAAGGCUUCCCCGCAGAGAGAGAGGUCUAGUUCAUCUCCCGAGAUCUCCCGUUCUGGGCAGAAGCAGUCUGCCAAGACCACAUCAAGACGUGAGCGUUCAGGCACACCUCCAGCCAAGGGCACUAAGUCAAGAGCUAGGAGGAGGGACAAAUCUCUCUCCCAAACACCCAUUACUCGCAGAGGUAGAUCUCGGUCUCGCACCCCACCCAAGAGGGCCAGAUCUCGCACCCCUCCAAGGAGGGGAAGGUCUCGCUCUGCUCAGCGGCGUGCCCGAUCUCGUUCACGUACCCCUCAAAGAAGGGCACGAUCUCGUAGCCCACAAUGGCGGGGACGCUCAAGAACACCCCAGCGCUGGGGCAGGUCACGCUCACGCACUCCUCCCCGAUGGGGCCGGUCCCGUACUCCACAGAGGCGUGGUUGGUCCCGUUCUAGAACCCCCCAAAGGCAUGGAUGGUCUAGAAGCAGAAAUAGUGGGAGAUGGGGAAGGUCAAGAACUCCACCAAGAAGGGGCAGGUCACGUUCGAGAACUCCACCAAGAAGGGGCAGGUCUAGAUCUAGAACUCCGCCUCGACGAGGGAGGUCUCGGUCCAGAACCCAGCCUAGAAGAGGGCGGUCUAGAACCAGAAGUCCUCCUAGGAGGGGGAGGUCAGCCUCUUCACCAAGGAGGGAGAAAUCUUUGAUUUCUGCUAGGCGAAGCAGGUCUGUGUCAUCUCCAGAUUGGAAGGCCUCCCGAAUUUCUUCAAGAAGGAGCCGAUCUAAUUCUUCCCCCCAAAUAAGAGAGAGGGCCAGAAAACCAUUGAGACGUAGCCAAUCUAUGUCAUCUCCUGAAUCAAGAAGCAGACUGCGAGCAUCUCCCAGACGUAGUCGGUCUCGAUCACUUCCAAAAGCAAAAAAGAAGACCCACUUAUCUCCCAGAAGGAGUCGUUCAGGGUCCUCAACAAGAUCAAGGAAGAAAAAGUCAAGAACACCCCCACGGCAUAGUCGCUCUUGUUCUCCAAGACCGAAAAAGAAAUCCAGAUUAUCGCCAAGACGAAGCAGGUCUGGUUCUUCACCUAAUAAAAAAUCAAUUUCUCCUGCCAGGCGUAGCCAGUCCAGGACACCUCCAGCACUCAAAAAUAAAUCUAGAAAGUCCCCAGGAAGAAGCAGAUCUGGCUCAUUGCCAAGGCUCUCAAAGAAAUCUGAGGUUUCUUCAGCUGUUGAAGAAAAAUCCAAACUGCCUUUCAGAAGGAGUCGAUCUGGGUCAUCGCCAGCAUUAAGAAAAUCUAAAUCUCCUGUAAGACUUAGCAGGUCAGGUUCUUCACCAGAUCUAGAGAAAAGAUCGCCAAGGAGACGAAACAGGUCUGAAUCGUCUCCAGAAGUCAAAACAAAGUCAAAGUUGUCUUCAAAAUCCGGGUCAUCACCAGGAAUGAAGAAAAAGCUGAAGUCUCCUCCAAGACAAAGCAGGUCUGGCUCCUCUCAGUCAUCAGGGAAAGAAAACUCCUUAUCGCCUCCAAGACGAGCCACCUCUCCAGAGCUCAAGUCCACACCUCCAUUGCAGCGAAGCAGAUCGGGGAGAUCCCUUGCAGCUAAAGAAAAAUCCAGGUCACCAGUUCUAAGGCAGAGCAGGUCUGGAUCACCUCCAGCUUUGAGAGAGCAGUCUGCCUCUCCAAGGCGAACUUCAGCUGGAUCUUCCUCAGAACCAAAGAAGAAAUCCGCGUCACCGCUUGGAAAACAUAGAACUGACUCUUCUCCGAAGCUGAAAAAAUCCAGAUCAUCACCAAGGAGGAGCAGGUCUGGCUCUUCUCCACUGAUUGAAGAGCAAUCAAGAUCACCUCCCCGGAGCAAGUCCAGAUACUCUCCUGAUGUGAAAAAAUCCACCUCACCUUUGAAACAAGUCAGGUCUGGGCCCUCUCCUUCAGCAGUGAAAGAGAAGUCUAGGUCCCCUGUCAAGAGAAGUGGGUCCAGAUCUUCUCCUGAACUAAAUGGCAAACCUAAAUCUCCCCCAAAACAAAACAAAUCCCAAGAAAUUAAGGUAAAAUCUGGAUCACCUUCAAGGCAUAACAAAGCUGGAUCCUUAGUAGUAAUGGAGAAAGCUAUGUCACCAGGCCAGAAAAGCAAGGCAGGUUUAUCUCUAUCUGGAAAAGAAAAGUUAUAUUCACCCCCAAGUCAGGGCCAACCUGGGUUGUCGCCCGUUCUUAAAAAGUCGGAGAUUCCAUUGAGGCGAAGCAGAUCUGGAUCCUCCUCAUCUUCUUCCUCUUCCUCCUCCUCCUCUUCCUCCUCUUCCUCCUCCUCCUCUUCAUCUUCUGCAGAGGAAGAUAAAUCUCAAUCACCCCCAAGACUGAACCGUUCUGCAACGCUGUCAACUAACAAAGGCAAAUCUGUGUCCUCUCCAGUGCGCCGCAGGUUAGAUUCCUCUCCAGAGCCAGAGAGCAGCACAUCUGCAGCUGUUGUCUGGUUCACCACCACGGCCAAGAGUAAAGUCCAGAACACCUCCCAGGAGACGUCGAUCUGGAUCAUCUCCAAGACCCAGAAUGAAAUCCAGAACCCCUCCCAGGCGUCGCAGGUCUGGAUCAUCCCCAAGACCCAGAGUGAAAUCAAGAACCCCGCCACGCCGGCGCCGAGGAGCCACUCCCGCUCACUGUCCAGACGACGAGAUAAAUCAAAGGGUUCGUUGCAGAGAGAAAGAUCUGUCUCUUCCCCGGGCCGGAGCCGCUCACGGUCCGCUUCUCGUCAGGACAAAUCUCGCUUCCUGUGGAAGGGCGAGCACUCACCUUGCAGAGGUCGUUCCCGAUCACCAGCACAAAGAGAAAUGUCGAGACUGUCUCCGCAAAGGUCUGCCCCAAAUCGGAAUGCAUCCCGUUCACCUCCCAGAUUAGAUGCUUCCCGUGUAACAGCAGCCUACAAAAGUAGCGGGUCCAAAGCGUCUCCCGAUUUCCCGUCAUCCCCUGUACGGAAGCGUUCCAGGUCAGGCUCCCGGGAAAUCUGUGCUUCUCCGGGAAGGAAAUCCCGUUCUCCUCCAGUGCUGGAGAAAUACCCCAAGUCCGAUGUCCAGGAGAAGUCGGCAGCUUCGUCAGUUCGGCACGGCAAAAGCAGCACAGCCGUUCCUUGCACCCCUACUCCACCCCGCAGCGAUUCUCCCAAGCCGCGGAAGCCCUUGUCUCCUGCUCCAUCCAUUCUACAGGAAUUGCCUUCUGUCUUGAAAAACGGUGGUUCCGCUACCCUCCAUGACAUCCCAGGGGAUAGGAAUCAGGUUGUACAUCCUGCUAUGGUUAAGGAUGAUGCAGCUGUCGGUGUUUCUCUGUUGUCAGGGAGAAGUAGUUCUUGUGCAGGAUCCCCUCUUCCUCUUAGCAAAGCUAGGUCCCCCUCUUCCUCCCCCUCCUCCGCUUCCUCCAGUCCCUUGCCAGCACUGGUUUCUGUGCUCGUCCCACCUCCCAAGGAAGAGGAGUUAGCAUCUGAAGGAAAGGCAGCAGACCGGCCUGAGGCUCGUCUUCCGACUCUUGAGGCUGAGCCAGAGUUGGCUUCUGAAGUCACGGAGGAGAAUGGCAGGAAUAGCUUCCCCACCGCUCCACAGCUAGCUCUUCCCUCCCCGCCGCCUUCGGCCCCUUCCAAGGUGAAGAGAAGUUCCUCUGCUUCGUCCACCACCUCUUCAUCAUCCUCGUCAUCUUCGUCGUCCUCGUCGUCUUCGUCUUCUGACUCCGAGUCCAGCUCGUCUGAGUCCAGCCCCCAAAAUCAGCCAGAGAAGGAAGUUGAGGCUGAGGUUGUAUUGAAACAGCUGCCAAGCCCAGUGCAGAGGGAAGGUAACCACGAAGAGCAGCCUAUGGAACUGGGCAAGCAUAAGCGACGAUCUCGGAGUUCCAGCAGUUCCAGCAGCGGCUCUUCCUCCUCUUCCUCCUCCUCUUCCUCUUCGUCCUCCUCGUCUUCCUCAGCUUCAUCCUCCUCCUCUUCCUCCUCCUCAUCAUCAUCACCCAAGACUGGACCCCAGGCACAGGCCAAGGCGGCCACUAAAAAGAAACCAUCGCCAGAGCAGAGGAAGUCCCGCAGCCCCCGGAAACCUAUCGACUCCCUACGGGACUCUCGCUCUCUCAGCUAUUCCCCAGCAGAACGGCGCCGUGUUUCUCCUCCGCCCCAGCCGCCUUCAGCUCCAAGGGACAGGCGCAGGGAGAGGUCUCGGGACAGGUCCUCGCAGAGAAACAGACGAAGCGUCAGCAGGUCUCCGGGACGGAAAAGGCGACGCAAUUCCCCCACCCCCCGAGCAGCCCGCCGCAGAACUUCAAGCCAUGUGACGGUUGGUGUCCCAGUUGUUCCGUUCCUCAAGAAGCACUACCUGUAUACCGAUCUGCCCGAAGGCUGCCUCCUCGCUUACACAGCUGUGAUCUUCCUCGCUACCUGUAAUGCCGGGAACCCUGUCCCGGGGGCAUCAGUGUGA